AUGUCAGGACCUGUGGUCACUGCUGCUAAUGCUGAAGGGGCACUUUCUUCCACAGACAGAACAAGAUCUCUUGAUACAACUUUAUUCAAUGACAAUCAAUGCCUAUCCAUGUCAUUUAAUGGCGAAACAGAGUCUGCCAGAUUCACAGUUGGGAAUCUCUCGCUUCCUAAUGGGGAAUCCUAUUCCGGGUCAUUGCUUGGCAAUGCACCUGAGGGCUUUGGGACAUAUGUCUGGUCGGAUGGGUGCAUCUAUGAGGGUGACUGGAGACGUGGGAUGAGGCAUGGGAAUGGAAAGAUCAGCUGGCCUUCUGGAACUGUUUAUGAAGGGGAGUUCUCUGGCGGAUAUAUACACGGGGAAGGGACAUAUAUUGGCAUUGAAAAGUUGACAUAUAAGGGACGGUGGAGGUUAAAUUUGAAACACGGGUUGGGAUACCAUUUUCCCAAUGGAGAUGUAUUUGAGGGCUCUUGGAUCCAGGGAAUGGCCGAAGGGCCUGGUAAAUAUUCUUGGGCUAAUGGGAAUGUAUAUUUUGGGAACAUGAAAGGUGGCAAGAUGUCUGGUAAGGGAACUCUUACAUGGGUAAAUGGCAAUUUGUUUGAAGGAAGCUGGUUGAAUGGCAUGAUGCAUGGAUUUGGAGUUUACACUUGGAAUGACGGCGGUUGCUAUGUCGGGACAUGGACACGAGGCUUGAAGGAUGGGAAAGGAUCUUUCUAUCCUAAAGGAAGUCGGUUUCCACCUGUUCAGGAACUUUACCUAAAUGCCAUGAGGAAAAGAGGGUUGCUUCCGGAUAUGAAGAAGCCGAAUCACUCACAUAUCCAUCAUGCUUCAUCUGUGGACAUGGGGCACAUGAAAGUCGGUGGGGACUGGGGGGUCCAUCGACAUUCGUCCUCCGACAAAAUGUCCAAGGGUAAUCUCCUUAAUCUGGAACAGUCUCGAGGGAGUAAUGUUUCCCUACAAAGGCGCUGGAGUCUCGAGGUAUCAAUCGAAAAAGUAAUCGGACAUGAUUCCUCAUUGGGGUCAUCUGAAUCUUUCUUAGAUGGAGGCGAAGAGGCUGAGGCAGACAUCCCUAUAUUGGAAAGGGAGUAUAUGCAAGGUGUUUUGAUCAGCGAGGUUGUGUUGGAUAACAAGUUCUCGCCUUCAUCUAGGAGAGCAAGACGGCGGCAAAAGAAGUUUGCCAAAGAGGCUAUAAUGCUAGGAGAAGCAAUCUUUAAGGGCCAUAGGAGCUAUGAUCUGAUGCUCAGUCUGCAGCUUGGUAUCAGGUACACUGUGGGGAAAAUCACGCCAAUACAGAAACGGGAAGUUCGAGCAUCUGAUUUUGGUCCAAGGGCAAGCUUUUGGAUGAACUUUCCUAGAGAAGGCUCCCAACUGACACCACCUCACCAGUCUGAAGAUUUCAAGUGGAAGGACUAUUGUCCUAUGGUUUUCAGGAAUUUGAGAGAGAUGUUCAAAAUUGACGCUGCUGAUUAUAUGAUCUCCAUUUGUGGAAAUGAUGCCUUGAGGGAGCUUUCUUCACCUGGCAAGAGCGGUAGUGUUUUUUUCUUGUCUCAAGACGACCGGUUUAUGAUUAAGACCCUUCGGAAAUCCGAAGUGAAGGUUCUGUUGAGAAUGCUUCCAAACUACUAUCAUCACGUGCAGACAUAUGAUAAUACGCUUAUUACAAAAUUCUUUGGUCUUCAUAGGAUUAAGCCAUCAAGCGGUCAAAAGUUUCGCUUUGUAGUGAUGGGAAACAUGUUCUGCACAGAGUUGAGGAUCCAUCGAAGAUUUGAUCUGAAAGGGUCUUCGCUUGGGCGUUCUGCAGAUAAAGUUGAAAUAGAUGAAAACACAAUACUUAAAGAUUUGGACCUAAAUUACUGUUUCUACUUGCAACCUUCUUGGCAGGAGGCUUUAAUGCAGCAGAUAGAGAUUGAUGCCAAAUUCUUGGAAGCGCAGCACAUAAUGGAUUAUAGCCUUUUGUUAGGUGUACAUUAUCGAGCUCCACAGCACCUACGUCCUAACGUCUCUUAUAAUCAAGGAAUGACAGCAGAUGGGUUGGGAAUUCUUGCUGAGGAAGAUACUCUAGAGGAUGAAAGGUACCCGCAAGGCCUGGUUUUGGUCCCUCGUGGGACAGAAGAUGAUAGUAUAGUAGUGGGUCCUCAUAUUAGAGGUAGCCGGUUGCGGGCAUCAUCCGCUGCUGGUGAUGAGGAGGUGGAUCUCCUACUUCCUGGUACAGCAAGACUCCAAAUUCAGCUCGGAGUCAACAUGCCUGCAAGGGCAGAGCAAAUUCCAGGAAAAGAGGAGAAGCAAAUGUUUCAUGAAGCGUAUGAUGUUGUCCUCUACCUGGGAAUCAUCGAUAUACUGCAGGAGUACAAUAUGAGCAAGAAGAUUGAGCAUGCUUACAAGUCCCUCCAGUUCGAUUCCUUGUCCAUCUCUGCGGUGGACCCAAGGUUCUACUCCCAUCGCUUCCUUGAGUUCAUCAAGAAGGUCUUCCCUCCGAAUGCCACUGCUUAGACAUGUUGAGGGGAUGCAAGCAUGACUUGUCGGAUGUACUCUUGGAUAUGAUAGACCGUAAAUGUGGUGAGGUUCACCGGUACAUUCCCGAGCUUCUUUGUGAAAUUUCUGUUUAUAACUACUGGGAACCAAAAGGCCAUUUUGGCUGCCACAAGCAGAGUUCUUUUUCUUUCUUUGUCAUUAAUUUUUUCCCUCCCCUUUACCUGACAGAGACUUCUUUUCUACCGUCACCUUUGGGAGAAAAAUCAGUGACAUAUUUACAUUC